AUGGCUGCCGCGCAGGAAAAUUCCAGUCGGCCCAGCUCAGCCCAGUCGCUCCAAAGCAAUCCCGAUUAUGGCCAAACUGAAACAAGUUAUUUGGCAGGGGAAAGUGGUUCGACGCAGCAUCCCAGCGAAGAUGAGCUGGACAAAUUACCGGGUGGGAAACGUUCGGUGCAUCAGGUACCAAGACAAGGAAGUUUUACAAAGAAUUCAUCUCUAGCCGAGUUUGAGGACCAGCCGUUGGACUUGGAGUCUGGAGUCUAUGAGCAAGAUGAUGCUGUGUCACUACCCGAGGCUACGUCGCUGGAUGAUGAAGAUUUAUUAGCCAAUUCGUCAACGAGAAGGACUGGCAGUGUCAAAAGAAACCAAGAGACUCGCAUCACUUCAGGGUGCUCAAGCGACGGUGACGAAUCAGAGGAUGCGCCAUUAAAAACGACCAAAUCAGACACCUCGGACGAACCAAAGGUCUUGCCAACAGAAAGCCUGAGCGAAAGUGAUUCAGACUUGCCAACGAACAGGCCCAGAAGGAUGCGAAAAAGCCGCGAGCCCAACAUGUCGUCACGGCGCUCAAGCGAGAGUGAAUCAGAUGACGGGCUGUCAAACCCAACCAAACGAGCCACCCCCAGCAAGCCCAACACGGCAUCCACAGAUACCGCGAGCGAAAAUGAAUUCGACAUCGCUUCGGAGAAAAGCGGCCAGUUGAAGCGCCAUGACUGCCCCGACACCUCGGCAACUGCAGGCCCAUGCGACGGUGGCGGCUCUCCGCUGUUGGAAAAGACCAGGCCACCGAGACCGAAGCAAGAGGCCGAGAAACCGGCUGCCGAAUCAUCAGCGGGGCCAAGCGGCCCACGGAUACAACGCAUGGCACGAAAAGGCGUACGGUGCAAAGAAGUAUUUGGAUUUGUACCGGUGGGAGAGGAGCAGACGUUCUCGGCGCCAUUCGCCACGGCCGCAGCAAGUCGCAUUGGGGUCAUUGGAAGACCGCCCUCAGCUCCUCAUCGACCCCCUGGUAUUUCUCUAAUGAUCAAACCUCAAGCGAUAAAAAGGCCAGAAAUCCAAGCAACAAAAGCUGAAACAUCGAGCACUCCAAGCCCAGAAGCCGCAGAUGACGUUGCGCCGAGACAAGACGAACGUUCCGCGUCGGCUGAGCCAGGUGACAAGCAGCCGUGCCGUGCUGUUUUGACGGAACCAUCAAAUCACCUCGUGCCGGAGCCGGAGCCGGAGCAGUCGGCAGCGAACCCGCAACCGCAACCGCCGCCGCCGCCGCAGCUGGCCUCUGAAGAGAUUGAGCCGACCCGGAAACGCAAGAUUGCCAACCCGGCAACACGCGGCAGAAAGGCGGCGCGCAAGCAAGAUGCCGCUGGACAGGCACCGCAGAACGUUGUCCCGUUUGAGGCAUCACUGCCCGGCCGAGUCCCUUUGAGCGCAAGGCUUGCGAAUCCCAAGGUUGCCCCGAGUCUGCCGGGGUUUAGCAGGGCGAGUGGAGGAGCAUGGAGCAAGCACGCGGAGGAUUUGCUGGGUAUGACGCGGCCGACGAGGAAACUGUAG